UGUGUAUUUUGUUGUUGGAUUCUUUGGAACGAAAAGGGCGACAUAAGGGACAUGUGAGCUGAAGCCUAGAGUCUACAGCCUUUCGAGCCUCCUACUUGGCUUUCCGAAUGAGGCGUUUUACGUAACCCUGAUUCUUCCCUGAUUUAGCUGACCCUCCUCUCGUAUUUUUGUCCAUAUUCCGCUUUAUUGUAAAUAAAAAAAACACCGGCUUCGCUUUUGGAAUUGUCUGACUUCUCCGAUUUAUUAUAGAACUCAUUGAGACCCUUCUCGCGUCUCAUUUCACAGAAAAAUAGUGUUAAAUACCUUGAAACCCUUCCACAAACUAUAAUCAUUGCCCUUUAACCUAUUCAGUUGGGCUGAAAUAAAAACAGGGCAUAAUAUCUCAUAGAUACGUGUGCUAGAGGCCGCAAACUUUUUUGUUUCAUCAAAAUCGAUAAGUUGGUUGGAAAAGAUAUGGCGGUAUGUCCACAAAAACUGGCUGUUUGCCCUCCAGGGACGUGCAGAUCAAUACCCACAGUAUACAUAUGUGAUCAAUUGGUGUUUUUGUUGAAUGCAAAAAUCAAUGGCUUGUGGAAUGUACACGCUAUUUGAUGUUGAAUAAAAGCUACCCAGUGUUUUUCGAAUCAUUUACACCCCAAACGGAGUUGGUAACACUAAAGGGCCACUGAAAGCGGCUCAAUUGAGGGGAAGAAAACAGUUUUGGUGUGCCGACAGAGCCCACAACAGGCUGAUUCUGGCCAAUUAACCGACGCGUGCGGUGCUGAACCGAGUUGAACAAAAUCAAUCGUAUGCCACAUGCGCAGUGGCGGGCGUGGUGAGAAAAAUGCCAGGACAUGGGCAUAGCCAGAAUAUGGCCAGCAGUUGUUGUCCACGGGAGGAAUGUUUAAGUCAAUCGUUGAAAAGGAUAAUCCAAAGCUCCCAUAAUAAAACCACAAUUCGGAAGUGAACAAUUGAGAAGGCCAGAAAGCCACGGCAGUCCAUAGUUUCUGGGCCUCCACAAAUAUGCCAUCAAGUGCGGCAAAAUUGUGCCUGUUGUCUAUCGAUUUGUGUGUAACUCUUUCCCACGAAGCUGCUGCUGCUGCAGCCUGCAGUUCCGACGAAUGCGAAUAAUGCAAACGCCCCCAGCACUGAGAGACGAUUAAUUGCAGCAAAAAGCAACAGCAGUGGCAACGGCAACCCAACCGGAUAUCGCGGCAAUCAACAAAACAGAACCGAAGCGAACCAGAAUGGACGUGGGCGGACAGGACACUACCUACGAGCCGCUGGACCGUGACCGGGGCGGCAGUAUCCCGGCCGGCGAGGGCGGCCGCCGACAUCCUGGCAGCAUGGACAGUCCCGAGUACGAGACGCGUGCCCCCAAGGACCAGCGGCGUGCGGUCUAUCUGGCCUUGAUGGCAGCGGGCAUUGGCUUUGUAUUGCCCUACAAUAGUUUUAUAAUCGCCGCGGAUUAUUGGCAGGGACGGUUCCCCGGUCGCCAUGUGGCCCUGGAUAUGUCCAUGACGUACAUCUUUGUGGCCUUUGCCACGGUAUUGCUCAACAACAUUGUGCUCUCGCUGGCCCCCUUCCAGAAGCGGGUGAUUUUCGGCUACAUGGUGUCCUUCACCACCCUCGUGUUCGUGGCCGUCUGCGAGGUGGCCUGGCAUAUGUUCGCCACGAACACCGCCUAUCUGGUAAACAUGUCCGCUGUGGCGCUGACCGCCAUCGGCUGCACGGUGCAGCAGUCCAGCUUCUACGGAUUCGCCUCGAUGCUGCCGCAGCAGUACACGCAGGCGGUGAUGGCCGGCGAGAGCAUUGCCGGUUUUCUGGUGUCUUCCAAUCGGGUGGUGACCAAGCUGCUGAUCAACAACGAUCGCGUCUCCACGGUCAUCUUCUUUCUGACAUCGACGCUGUACAUUAUCUUCAGCUAUCUACUGCACCGGGCCACCAUCAAUUCGCCCUUUGUGCGGUACCAUGUGGAGGCCUGCUCGAAGAUUAUACUGCGACCGGAUGAGCAAGAGAUUGACGGAGUACCCAGCACCACACGCUAUGGAGUGCUCUCGAUGGAUGGAACCCACACCACGACGACCGUAUCGGGUGGCAAUCCUGUGGCCGGGAACACGCUCAGCUUCAGCAAUCCCGUGUACGAGCUGUCCAAUCCGACGGCCGGCGAGAGCAGCAUCGAGGCACUGGGCCAAUUGCCGUCCGAUCUGCCAUCGACCCCCCAUGAGCCGACAACGCCCACCACAGUGGCGUUCAAGGUGGAGCACGUGAUCCAGCCGCGUCGCUGCAGACCGAGCAAGCUGAGCGACAUACGCGAGGGAUUUGUGAGCAGGUGGCGCGUGGCGCAGGUCAUCUAUCCGUACAUGGUGUGCAUUGCCCUGGCCUACUGCGUGACCCUGUCCCUGUAUCCGGGCAUCGAUGUGGAGGUGCAGUCGUGCGCCCUCGGCUCCUGGAUGCCCGUCCUUCUGAUGUUCUGCUUCAAUCUGUCGGAUGUGGCCGGCAAGAUGCUGGCCGCCAGCCCGUAUCCGUGGUCGCGCCGACAGCUCAUACUGUUGUCGGGACUGCGAAUCGUGCUCGUGCCCCUGCUUCUGCUCUGCUGUGCGCCGCGUCAGCGUCCCGUCAUAUCCGGGGAGACGGCGCCCUUUGUCUUCACCAUCGCCUUGGGGAUCACCAACGGCUUGGCCGGCAGUCUGCCCAUGAUCCUGGCUCCUGCCAAGGUGCCGGGCACCCUCAAAGAGGUCACGGGCAACAUAAUGACCCUGUCCUACAAUGUGGGGCUGACCGUUGGCUCCCUGAUUGGUUACGUGUUUGAGAGCAUGCUGGGGCCCCAGCUUUUGAAUCCCUGCCCCUUGUAUCCGUAUGUGCCGGUCUCGAUGCUGGAGCACAUCCACGGCCACGGCCACGGCCAUAUGCCGCCCCUUCCGCUGACCAGCAGCACCACCGUCCCCCCCACAACCAGCACAAGCGCAGCCACGUCUCUGGUUCCGCUCCUGCUAAAUGCAACGAUUGCCACCCUGACCGGCAGCAGCAGCGUCAGUCCUCUAACCGAAAGCUCAAGUUCCAUUGGGACCACAGCCAGCCCCGCAUUGGCCACGGUCAUAACCACCACGGCCCUGGCUCUGUACAGCACCGUGGCUGGCAGUAGUGCGGAGGUGAUCAAUGCCACCCUGUCGACCUUCCUGUCCACGGUGAGCAGUUCGGUGGGGGACAUCAGUGACGAGAUGGCUGGUGGCAUGACCACAGAUCCACAGACCCCAGAGGCCUUGAUGGAGAAUAUUUAAAGUGGCGCGAGAGGCUUACAAGAGACAGUCCAUUGACUUGCUGGAGCUGAAGUUCCACUGAAUAUCACCCCCCUUUCCACUUGACCAUAUCCCUUUCAAACUUAUUUUUAAUGAUGCGUUGAAAGCAUGCAUGUAUCUCAGAGAUACAUAUUCAGCUCCAGAGAGAGAGAGAGAGAGAGAGAGAUUGAGAAACUUGCCAUGAAAUAAUACCCGCUGAUCUCUCUGUACAACGCUGAUCUCUUUGGUCAAGUAACCAGAGACAUUGUAAAGGCUUUAAAGAUGGUUCUCGAUCUCAUUUUUUUGAAAUUUUCACCACAAAAAAUAUCUUUCAGCUCAAAAAGUUAUUACAAAUAUUAUAGAAUAUACUCGUAAAAUAGCAUAACGUAAGCAACAACUGUUCUUGUCUUGUCUGUACUAAUAUGUAUAUCUCCAAUAACUGAAUUGUGUCUAGUAUACCUUUUGUUCAGCGGUUGAUUUUAGCUGUUCUUGACUCGCGGAGCAUCUAUAACACUCAAAAAAACCAAAAAAAACCUGUUAACCUAGGCCUAAAUACAUAUACGGAUAAGGUGUGUGCUUGUGUGUGAUCGAAUGCCGCUGGAGUAUGUCCUUUGUCCUUCGCUUUGCCACCCACAGAGUCCGUUACACGUGAUGAUUGUAUAGCACCUAAGGGUAUUCGUUUAUUUCAGUUGGGCGGGGGGAUAUCUUGGUAAGGAUUGUAAUUGCCUUCUCCUUUAAUUGUUCUUGUUUUUAGCUUAAAUACUAGCCAAAAAUGCAGCAUCCGAAUACGUAGUCUUAAGUAUUUGUUUUGUAUGAAUAAGAUAUGGUUUAUGUAGCCGGGAAAGUGUGCAAAAAAAUACAAAAAAAAAACAAAAAAAAAAACAAAAAGUGUUAGCAUAGAAAUAUUUUAAUAUACAUACAUAUAUUGUAAAGUACGAGCAGAGCUGGUGGCUGGAGGAUGAAGGCUGGAGGGGCGCUCCCUUAAUUCGGUAAUAUUUAUUUAGUCGCCGAGUCGCCCGUGGGCUGUGAGCUGUGCGGGAGAAGUGUAUUAGUCUAACUAGAUACAAAAUCAAUAAUAAUUCAAUAAUUUGUUUGUCAACAAUCAAGAACAAAAAUAACAAAUUAGCCUUCAAUAAUAUAAA